AAGUUUUAGAGAGAAGUUAGAGAGAGAAACACUAGUGAGAAGUAUAGAACAAGCUCUUGUAGAUUCUUAGUAUACAAGAGUUAGAGUAUAUUAAUUUUUGGAUGUUCUCCUGGGAUAUCCCAAGUAGAGAGAUUGAGUCAUUUAUAAUUUAUACUCCUUCAUAGUAAUAUAUCAUUGCCAUCUUGUUUGUGGACGUAGACCAAGUCAGAACCAUGUAAAUCCUUAUAUUAUUCUUUGUGCAUGUUUCUUUCCUCUUCGUUAUCUAAUCUGUUUCUCUUUAGUUUGCUGCCUGUUUUCUUGCUGCGACUCAACAAGUUGAUUUGUAGAUCAUAUAAAGCUCGAGGUUUAAUUCUCUUGCAGUCUUGUAGCAUCAAUGGCCGCUGCAAAUUGUUCCUCUGGAGAGACUUGUGCUGCUCUGAUCCAUGGAAAACAAAUGGCACCUUCUCGGUUACAAGCUUGGGCUCGUCUUUUUGUUACUAAAUUUCUUGGAAGUCAUAUCUCCACUGACCAUUUAAUCUUAGAGGAGGAAGGGGGUUCAACUUUCACCUUCGAGGGAACUAGUAAAAAAUGUUCUCUAGAAGUUGUUCUCAAAGUUCACAAUCCUCAGUUUUACUGGAAGGUAAUGACGCGGGCUGACAUAGGCCUUGCAGAUGCUUAUAUUGAUGGAGAUUUUUCUUUUGCUGACAAAGACCAAGGUCUUCUAGAUCUUUUCAUGGUUCUGAUUGCGAACAGAGAUGCAAACAAAUCUAUCUCCAAGGCGAAUAAGAAAAGGGGUUGGUGGACACCAUCGUUAUUUACAGCAGGUAUUGCUUCCGCAAAGUUUUUCCUUCAGCAUGUUCUGAGGCAAAAUACUCUUACUCAAGCUCGCAGGAACAUCUCUCGUCAUUAUGACCUGAGUAACGAGGUUUUUUCUCUAUUCCUGGGAGAAACAAUGGCGUACUCGUGUGCAAUAUUUAAGACUGAAGAUGAAGACUUGAAUACAGCUCAGUUGAGGAAAAUCUCUAUUCUGAUUGAAAAAGCAAGAAUCGAUAAGAAGCAUGAAAUUCUUGACAUUGGUUGUGGCUGGGGAACUUUUGCUAUUGAAGUUGUCAAACAAACAGGAUGCAAAUACACGGGUCUCACUCUAUCUGUGGAGCAACUGAAAUAUGCAGAAAUGAAAGUCAAGGAAGCUGGUCUGCAGGAUAAUAUCAGACUUCUCCUCUGUGAUUAUCGUGAAUUGCCUAAAGGCUAUAAAUACGAUAGAAUCGUAUCUUGUGAAAUGAUAGAGCAUGUGGGUCAUGAAUACAUGGAGGAUUUUUUUAGUAGCUGCGAAUCAGCAUUGGCAGAAGAUGGGCUUCUUGUUCUACAGUCUAUAUCAAUAGCAGAUGAGUGUUAUGAUGAGCACAGGCGAAGUUCUUGUUUUAUGAGGGAAUAUAUUUUUCCUGGUGGAUGUUUGCCUUCAUUAAGUAGGAUAACAUCAGCCAUGGGUGUAGCAUCAAGACUCUGCGUGGAGCAUGUGGAAAAUAUAGGAAGUCAUUACUAUCAUACGUUAAGAAGGUGGAGGAAAACUUUCUUGGAAAACAAGAGCAAAAUUCUUGCCAUGGGAUUCGAUGAAAAGUUCAUCAGGACAUGGGAGUAUUAUUUUGACUACUGCGCUGCUGGUUUCAAGUCGUAUACCCUUGGGGAUUAUCAGAUUGUAUUUUCACGUCCUGGCAAUGUCGGAGUAUUAGGUAAUCCAUACAAAGGUUUUCCAUCGGCAUAUCGACACCUUCUCUGAUAUAAACCACCUCAAAUUGUAUCGUGUUAGGAAAUCAAAUCUUCCAUGUAUAGAAUAUCAGAGUAAUAUAGAAUAGCAGAUAUGUAUUUAUUCACUUUCUAUUGUAAUACCUAACAUGUCGCUGAAUAAGCUACAAUGCAGCAACCGAUUCUUGACUUGUAGGAAUCAGUUGCGGACUCCUGGUAUAUAAGUACAUGGUUCAGUAUCAAUAACAAUCAUUUCUACAAAUUCAA